AGAGGAGUUCUCCUCCAAAUGGCGGAAACGACGCCUACCAAAUCACAUUCUGCAACUGGUAAGCAUCCAAACUUCAUUGAGAAGGCUAAGGAAAAGAUUGACAAGGUAAUCCACUCCCCAAAGCAUACCAAGGAAACGCAUGGAACAAGCGAUGACAUUGAUGAGAAGACAGACAUUGAUGAAGUGAGAGGGCCAGGAGUGUUUCAGAGGGCCAAGGAAGAAAUCGAGGCCCUCGUCGAGACAAUUCAUCACAAGAAGGAAAAGGCAGGAAACCACUCCCCAACUCACACCAAGGAAACUCAUGGAACGAGCGAUGACAUUGAUGAGAAGACCUCCAUUGAUGAAGUGAGAGGGCCAGGAGUAUUUCAGAGGGCCAAGGAAGAAAUUGAGGCCCUCGUCGAGACGAUUCAUCACAAGAAGGACAAGGCAGGAGACCACUCCCCAACCCACACCAAGGAAGCUCACAAGAAGGACAAGGCAGGAAACCACUCCCCAAAACACACUAAGGAAACUCAUGGAACGAGCGAUGACAUUGAUGAGUUCACAUCGGCCGAUGAAGUAAAAGGGCCAGGGGUGUUUCAGCGGGCAAAGGAGGAGAUCGAGGCCCUCGUCGAAACAAUUCAUCCGAAGAAGGAGAAGGAUCAUCACAAGUCAUCUUCCACAUAA